AUGAAGGCGGUUGUGUUCGAGGGACCAUAUAAGAUCUCGGUUCAGGAUCGACCAGUUCCUCAGCUGCAGGAUGAUAAGGAUAUCAUUGUAAAGGUGCAUGCCAGUGGGCUUUGCGGGUCUGAGCUCCAUUCCUAUCGAGGAAUAGAAGAAUCGGGGAGCGGGUUCAUCAUGGGGCACGAGUUCACGGGAACCGUCACAGAAGUAGGAUCGGCUGUCAAGACCGUCCAGGUUGGAGACAAGGUCGUAUCGCCUUUCACUGUCAUGGACUGCUUCUACUGCAAAAAGACCCAGACUUCCCGAUGCGAGCACAGCCAGCUUUUCGGCUCCGCAGGCCUGGACGGUGGUCAGGCCGAGUAUGUGCGCGUGCCGUUCGCGGACGGGACUGUCGUCAAGGCGCCAGCUGAGUUCGCAGAAGACGACAAGGUGCUCGUCCUGAUGGCCGACAUCUGGCCGACUGGAUACUUUGGGGCCUCUAAUGCAUUCAAGCUCCUGGAGGCCACGCCCGACCCCGUCGUUGUCGUCAUAGGCUGUGGGCCCGUCGGGCUCUGUGCCGUGGUGGCGGCGCUCGAGCACAAGCCCAAGCACCUCUUCGCCAUAGACGGUGUCGACAGCCGCUUGGAUCUGGCCAGGGGCCUCGGUGCAGAGCCGCUGAACUUUGUGACUGAUAGGGAGGGGAUGUUCAAACGCAUUAUGGAGGUGACCGGGGGCCGUGGAGUGGAUGCAGUCGUCGAGGUUGUCGGGCUCAAGGAUGCGUUGAGGACGGCCUUUGAUAUCCUGAGACCAUUUGGGGUUAUCAGCAGCAUUGGCGUGCAUAGUACAGAGCUCCCUUGGACCGCGGCUGAGGCCUAUGACAAAAACGUGAGAACCCAGAUGGGAAGAUGCCCUGUGCGCGGCGUCUUUGAAGAUGCUCUUGAGUUGCUCGUGAAGAGAAAGGACAAGUUUAGCUUUAUGUUUGACAAGAUCUUGCCACUGGACGCUGCAGUGGAGGCCUAUGACAUGUUUGACAAGAGAAAGGUGCAAAAGGUCAUCUUCACGCCCUAA